AUAAAUUAAGUGUUUUAGUGUUAUUAUUAACGUUAAAAUCAGUGCGUGUACACGUAUCACUAAAAUAAAUCAUGUCCGUGGGAAAAAUCGGCGAGUUUAAUGUAUCAGUGGGAAAUUGGACCUUAUACGUAGAACGCCUAGAAAUGUUUUACAAAGUAAAUGAGGUCAAAGACGAAAUGUGGUUACCUACAUUAAUUGCAGUCAUCGGGGACGAAGCUUACGAAUUACUCAGCAAUUUGGUGAGCCCUAAGAAGCCGGCAACAAUGAGCUAUAAUGAGGUAGUGAGCAUCUUUCAAAACCACCUGCAACCGAAACCCUCAGAGAUGGCCGAACGCUAUCGGUUCCGACAGCGGAGACAGCAAUUAGAAGAAACGGUAGCCCAGUAUAUGACGGAGUUGAAAAAACUGUCAAAAUAUUGUGAGUUUGGUGCGAAUUUAGAAGAUAACCUCCGUGACCAAUUCGUGUGCGGUUUACGGAGUGACGUUAUUAGGCAGAGACUGUUCGCGGAGGAAAAACUGACCUACACAACGGCUAUCAAAUUGUCAAUCAGCCUGGAGGCGGCGGAACGGGAUGCGGCAGCAGUGGAGCACGUGGAGCAGCGUAGCGACGGCGGCGGCGGCGGCAGGGCGGCGGCGGGGGCGCCCGUGCUGUCCCUAGCCCCCGCGGGGGCGCGCGCCUCACACGGUCGCGGGCGCACCGCGCCGACCUCGGGAUCGGCUACUGGACAACGGCCGGGAACACAGGCGCCAUGCACAGCAUGCGGGGCGAAUACACACAGCUGGGCUCGCUGCAGAUUCAAGAAUUUUAUCUGCAGCAAAUGUAAACAGCGGGGACAUCUUCGCCGGCAGUGUCCCAACCCAGGGGCAGGCCCGUAUCGCCGCGACGGCAGGGGCAUCCACCACGUGGACACGCGCCUAGACCAGGCGGCGCCGCCGCGGGACGAGGAGGCGGAGGACAGCUUGUCCGAGCUGGAGGAGGACCUUCACCAACUUAGCUUGAACGGCUACAGACCGGUAUAAAGGGCUAUUCAGCGGUGGACUGGGAAGGUACAGCAGGGGUAAGGCGCGGCUCCGUGUCCGCGAGGGCAGCGUGCCCGUGUUCUGCCGCGCGCGCCCUCUGCCGUACGCCCUGCGCGAG